UCCAGUGUUGCCAGGAGCCGGCCCCGGCCCCUCACAGCGAGUCCUGGACCGCAGCUUCCCUGCAGCUGGGACGCGCUUCUUGCGCUCCCGCAGGGUUCCCGCAGCGCUCCCGCAGGCUCCAUGUCGUCGCUGGGGGGGUCCGAGGCGGCGGAGCAAACUCUGCUCGUGGGGAACUUGGAGAGCCGGGUCAGGGAGGAGAUCCUCUACGAGCUCUUCCUGCAGGCUGGACCAUUAACCAAAGUGAUGAUUUGUGAGGACAAAGAAGGAAAACCUACAUCUUUUGGAUAUGUCUGCUUUAAACACAAAGUAUCAGUGCCUUAUGCAAAAGCUCUGCUGGAUGGAAUCCAUUUGUAUGGAAGACCAAUUACUGUGCAGUAUUGGAGAGGGAGUUCUCACUCACCAGAACUAGACAGUUGUACAAAUGGUUUUGAACACCAUAUUGACUUAGAGUCUCCUGCAGACAGACAUCAAGAGCUUUCUGAAAAUUCUCUAUUUCCUGUUACUCCUUUGCCAGUGAACAACAGUUUACUUCAUGAUCACCCUGACUUUAAAGAGGUGGAAUAUCUUAAAGGUAUAUAGCUUAAGAAAGCUAAAAACAGUGAAGUCUACGAAGCUCUCUCCUGCACUGUGUUCCAAGUGGUGGGACAAGUUGACCUCAUUGGACUACAACCAUACAAGCAACAGCUCCUUCACAUACAGCUAAUGGGGAAACCUCCUAGUUCUUCUUCUCAAUUCAGCAGAAGUUUAAAAUGGGCUAAAACCUAAUCUAAAACUCAGUCAACCACCAGUGCCCAAGUUCAGGAAACAACAGUUUGAGGGUUUCUGACCUAAACCUUCACAUGCCUGUUUAGGUCUCUCCUUCAAGAUUUACUUUCACAGCAGUAGAUGACAAGAACCCACAUUUCACUUCCCCUCUACAAGACUCUGGUGCAUCGGACCAAUAUCACCCUAAUCUCUUCUGUCCGAGAUAUUCCACAAAGCAAGGAAACUGGUCUCUUCAGGUGAAAAUCUGUUCAUCAGACCUACUCCCCAAACACAUAAUGAAGCUUCUGAAUCUGAGGAGUCUGUAGGACUGAAGAAACCCAGCCUUUAAUGUGAGGUACCAACUGUGGACAGUCCUGCUCACUGAGUCUGACUGGGGACUGGCCAGCCCUUGGAACUACAGAAGGGGGACAGUCUGGAUCAGUUACCCUUGCUGGCUGCAAUCUGAGCAGGAAAAUGGAGAUCAUCUGUUCCCCAUCUAUGGGGUGGGGGCCUGCCUCCCAUCUUCCCAGGCUGUGCCCUGAGAAGAGCUGGUACUUGUAUGAACUUUCCAUCUCCUAUGCUCCUUUUUGAAGGCUCAGGUGCACCAUCUGCCCUCUGUGCUUGCUGAUGAACCUACUCCUCAGUAACAAGGCAGUACACACACAACCAACUUCAUCCCAUUUUCUGCUUGCCAGAGAGGAUGGUAUUGCAGUGUGUCACACAUGAUAGUUUGCUAAAGCUUCAGCAGAAAGUGAUCUCAUCACUCGUAUGCCUUAACAAAUGGUUGCCAGGCAGGUUGCUCACUUGGGAAUCUUUCAAUAUCCUUGUUGGAAUGCUUUGUUCCACAAAUUCAUCAAAUUUUGUUCCAAAAUUCAUCAAACCAGGUUUGAAGAACUUGCAGAUGUGCAUGCCUUUACAGUACCAACAGGCACUGCAGUUACAAAUAUUUAUCAAAUAGAGAUGAAGAAAUGAAAGGAAUACUAUGUUUGUUUACCUUAUGUGAGGACUAGCUACCAAUUUAGCCUUAAAUCAGGUUGUCUCUGUUCUAACUUUGCCAUGAAAGAUUUGUCUACUUUUCUGAACUAUACUAGUUGUUGUCAUAAAAUGGCUUUAUUCUCAUUCUGUGUUAUUUUAUAGUUUGUUGGUUUUUUAAUUGUAUAAUUCACAAUGCAUGCAAAAUGAAGUUCUUUAAAAUUUCCUCUUCACAAUGUAAACAACUCAAGUUUCUAUUUCUCUAAAUGUACUAUGUUCUGGCAUAGCAGUAUACAGUACAGAGUCCAAUGGGUUAACAAUUUCUUUAUUAGCAGUACCUUCAGACUUAUCCUUUUCUCCC